CCAGCAGGGGAGGUGGGUGCUGAUCCCUGUGCCCAUCCCCGCAGGGCACCCAUGGGCUCUCCGUCAGCUGCCCCGAGGCUGCUCUACCGCAGCACCCGCCUGCUCCGCACGGCCUUCCAGCAGCUCCACCAGCAGCAGCAGCGCGCCGAUGUCUUCUGUGACGUAGUCCUGCAGGCUGAAGGCGAGGCAGUGGUGGCCCAUUGCUGCGUCCUCUCCGUCUGCAGCCCCUUCUUCAUGGAGCAGCUGGGCCGGGAGCUGCCUCCCCGGGGCGGCAGGGUGGUGCUGGAGCUGGGGGGGCUGAAGAUCAGGGUGCUGCGCAAGCUGGUGCGCUUCCUCUACACCGCCGAGCUGGACGCCACAUGGGAGGAGGUGCAAGAGGUGUUGGCGGCCGCACGCCGCCUCCAGGUCACCGAGCUCGAGUCGCUGCAGCUCCAGGGGGGACGCCUGGUGAGGCCGGGACCCCAGCGGCAGCUCAACCGCUCCUGCCUGCGCUCCACCCGGCACUGCUCCCUGCCGGUGGCAGGCAGUAGCGCUGCGCCCGGUGGUACAGAUAAUCCCCAUGGGAGCACCUGUGUCUCCCCACAAGAGAGUGCUGGUACACCCCCCCUGCACUCUCCAGAGCCCAUGCACCGCAGCCCCGUGCAGCGGGUGAAGCUGCGGAAGGUGAAGAGUGGGGGGUGCUGGGAGGUGGUGCAGGAGAGGCAGCCCCCCAGCACCAUGGCCACGGGCGAUGGGGGGGUGAUGGACCCCCAGCCCACCCUGGGUGCGGGUGCAGUGGGGCAGGUGGACAGGCGCUGCACACAGGCAGCCUGGAAGAAGCAGUGCCAGGGGUGCGCUGCACCCCAGCAGGGCUGCAGGCUAGUGCCACCGGAGGACCCCAUGGGUGACCCUGAGGAGGAAGAGGUGGAUGUGGGGAUGCUGGAGCUGUGCCUGCCCCCAGGCACUGUCUGCAUCUGGCCCUGCCCCUCGUCCGAGUCUGAUGAGGAGGUGGAUGUUCUCACCUAGGGAGGACAGCUGCUGCCCUCACCCCUGGCC